AUGCCUGCGCGCGUGUCACCACCACCGGCGGCCGACCUGAGCAGUGGCCUCACCAAGGAACAGCUCGACUUCUGGAACACAAAUGGCUAUCUGCUCAUCCCCGACGCACUGAGUCCAGACACGACCAAGGCACUUCUCGAGNAAGCUUACACCAUGCUCGACGAUUUCUCUCUCGACGACCACCCCAUGACCAAGUUCAGUACCGGCGAGAAGAGCGACCACGUUGGUGACGACUACUUUCUCGACUCUGGCGACAAGACUANNGACGCCUUCGACGCCGACGGGCACCUCACCAAGCCCAAGGCUAAGGCCAUCAACAAGAUCGGCCACUACCUACACGGCCNNUCUCCUCUCUACCGUAGCGCCUCGCUCUCCUCGGCCAAUGCCGCACUCGCAAAAUCCNUCGGCUAUCACGACCCAAGAAUUCUCCAGUCAAUGAUCAUCUGCAAGCAACCUGAGAUCGGUGGCCGCGUCCCUCCCCACCAAGACAGCACCUUUCUAUACACAGAUCCACCUUCGGCCGUUGGCUUCUGGUACGCUCUCGAGGACGCAACAGCAGAAAACGGCUGUUUGAGUUUCGCAGCCGGGAGUCACAAGCGCGCCCCCAUCCGCUCUCGCUUUGUGAGACAGUAUGAGGAGGACGGUACACCCNACAGCAAAGGCACUGGUUUCCCGAGAAUGGGGCACCAAUGGCCGCAAGGACUCCAGNAAGACACCGAAGGAUCAAAAAGCAACGUCGCUAUGAACUUGGCUGCCACAAGCCAGUUAUCCCUGUGG